AUGAUCCUCCUCUUCCUCCUAGCCCUGAUCCACCGCGCCCCCGCUCUGGGCAUCGACGUCAACCUCACCCUCGCGAGCCUGCAGAUCGAAGGCAGCAUCGACAUCAGCCUCGGCUUGCCAGACUUCCUCACCGAGUCGGCCCUACCUAUCAUCGACACCGAUCCGGAGCCGUACAACUACGUCCACCCCCUGGAGUUCAGCGGCACGGAUCUUCACGUCCUCAUGGAGCGUAACGGUGGCUCUGCUUCCUCGCUUGAUCAGAAUCGGGAUGAAGGCCGCGGCCUCGGAGGCUGGGGAAGCGGGCCGGCUCUCUGGAAAGCCCCUCAACCUAACCAGGACAACGCUGGCUCUCCACCCACGCACUCUGACAAGAACCCGGUUAACUCUCCCUCCACGACAUCGGAAAAGAGCCCCGUUAACUCUCCCUCCGCGGACUCGACUUCUGGCACCGAUAACGACAUCGAAUCGGAAGUCCACCACCCCGACGGCAAUUACAUUGAGAAACGCUUCCACCAGCCCAAUCCCAAGCUGUACGAUGACUUCGCCGACUGCUGCCACAAAGGCCGUGACCUCGAGUCGCGUCAGCCUUCCCCGGAUGAUGAUUUCAGCCAACCGCGGCUUUGGUUCAACAACCCUGGUGAAGCCCCGAACCCGAAUCGGCCUGUCGUCUCUAGCGACAACACCGUGUCGUACACUCGUCCCCAUAUGCCCAAGCUCCCCUCGACCCUCACCCUGCCUCCUCCCCCCAGGCGCACUCUCGGGGUGUCACAGCGUGACAAGGACGAGGAACUGGGGGGCGAGGACACGGCAAGCGCCGAGGUCAUGAACACAGACCCUGAGGUGUCCGACAACGUGGAUGGGGCCGAUGCCGUUGACCUCGACGGCAACUCCGAGCCUCAACCCCCACCCCAGAAGCGCGCCACGGUCAGACGAGCGAAGGGGGCAGACGACAUCGAAGGCCGCGGGCCCGGGAUUGACCAUGACCUUAGGAUCAUACAGGCGGAGGUCAGAAACCAGGGAAAAACCAACCCGGCGGUGGGCAGCCCACACACCAACCAGCAGAGCCCCAGUUACUCCCCGCCCGGCCGUCGUCGUCCUAUCUUUGGCCUUUUCAGCGACCAGGAGGCGGGCGGCUUCGAGGUCGUUGUCCCCCUACUACUGGGUAGCGCGGAAGUAGAGGUCGACGAGGAUCGCGAGGUCGAGCUGGAGAUUGCCAAGAUCAGCCUUGAGCUCGUGAGCGGCGAGGAGGAUGAAGACGAAGGCGAGGAGGAGUCAGAGGCCAUCGCAGCCGAGGAGAGGCCGGACACUUCUAACCUUAUGGGGUUCGGUUCCUCCACAACCACUUCCGAAAACGUGGAGAGGGACCCUCGCAGCAACGAGGAAAACGAGGCGGGUGGCUCCUACGAGAAUCGCUCCGCCAACGACCGCUCAGCAGGCUGCAACCCGGGCGAAAUGCGCUGCACUCCCCACGGAACGUGCCUCUCCAAGACGGCCAAGUGCUGCAAAGGCGGUAAAACCUACUGCCCCGAGUCGUUCUACUGCAUCAACAAUGGCCAGAGCUGCUGCCGCGUUGGACGUUGGUGCCCUAUCAACAUGUGGGGAAACAUGAAGCGCAACAGUCGUGGCGACAAUGCUGUGGAAGCCCGCGAUUCUCGCCAUGACGACUGGGCUCUCUCGAUCGCGAUGGACUUCCACCUUUGA